AUGCGGAAAAAGCUGCUUCCAGCAAUUCGCCGGUUUAGCAAUAUCCCACAGAAGUGCAAUCAACACUUCGAACCCAAACAAUUCAGCCUCAAUAGGGACAUCAACCCUCCCAAGCCCAAGCCCCGAACCUCCGAGAUAAUGGCGCCCCUAAAUCACGCCUCCCAGGAAGCAAUCACCAGACUCCGAAAUUACAUCCCCCCGCCAACAACAUAUGACUCGCUCCCGCUUAGCAGGCGAGCGGCAGUGCUCAUACUCCUAUAUGCGGACGCCAAGGGGGAUCUCAGGGUGGUUGUUACGAUACGGGCUAAGACACUCAGUUCGUACGCAGGAGACGCUGCUUUGCCUGGAGGCCGAGCAGAUACAGAAGAAGAAACGGCCUUCCAAACCGCGCGCCGCGAAGCAAGCGAGGAGAUCGGUCUCCCCGAUAGCAAUGCGAAAUUCCCACCCCCCUUCAGCGUGGAGCACCUCUGCGAGCUCCCGGCAAAUCUUGCCAAAACGGAGCUGGUAGUGCGUCCCUGCGUUGCGCUCCUGCACGGCUAUGAUCCGCAGUCGGGGCUGAACGCUGAUCCUGAGGUGUCACUCAUUCCAACCCUAGACGCUAGAGAGGUUGCGGCUGUUUUCACUGCACCAUUAAUGGGGUUCUUGAAAAGGAACCUAGAUGGGGAUGAGUGGUAUCGCGGAGCUUGGAGUUUGUGGCAUAAUGAGAAUUGGCGAAUGCAUCAAUUCUUUGUUCGAAAUACAAGGAAUGAGAAGAAUUCCGCGUUGAAGGAUGGGCAUAACAAGAAAGAAGAGGAAGUAUAUCGAAUCUUUGGCAUGACAGCACGGAUUAUCGUCGACGCAGCAAGAGUUGCAUAUGCACAGGAACCCGAAUUCGAGCAUAAUAGUCACUUUGGAGAUGAGGAGAUGAUCGCCAAGCUUCGACGGUUAGGCCGAUUGAGUGCCGUUCGUAAAGGCUCGGAUCAAUUGACCCGCCAGACAAUGGAGAAGGCAGCUAAAUUGAGUUAG